AUGGUGAGUCCAACAUUGGUAAAAUGCGAAUCUGGCAAAAGUUAUGAGCCAAUUUAUAUGACUACUGUGAUUGAUGGAGACAAGAAAAAGUGAGUUUUUUUCUGAAAAUGUAUUGAAAUGUGUAUGUAUAUCCUAAUUUUUCAGCCCUUCAAAAUGGUUGGAAUGUCUUCAAAAAAGUUUGAAAUGUUUAUUUUAUAUGCUUCUUGUUCUCACAAUUGUUUUUUCGAUUCAAUUAGUUAUUGAACAUUUUUGCAACUAUCAGGAAAACUACGAUAGACUUGAUCGAUAUGAAAAAAUGUUUAAUGAUUUUAUGGUGAAAUAUAAUAGAAACUAUGAGACACCUGAAGAACUCGAAUAUCGAUUCCGAAUUUUCAUCAAAAAUGUAGAAGAAUAUGAGGAGGAAGAGAGAAGGUAAUUUUUCUGAAAUGUUUUUUUAAUAUAAAAAAUAAUUGCAGAUAUCCUGGCCUUGAUCUCGAUGUAAAUCAGUUCACCGAUUGGACAGAUUUUGAGCUAAAACGAAUGACACCACAUGAAAAAAUCAGAUCAGAUAACGGAGAAACUUCAAGAGUUUAUACACAUCUCUAUGGAAAAGGAGAAUCUCGACCAGCUUCAUUUGAUUGGAGAGAUCAAGGGAAACUCACACCCGUCAAAAAUCAAGCAUCUUGUGGAUCUUGUUGGGCGUUUGCCACUGUUGCAGCUGUUGAAGCACAACAUGCAAUUAAACGAGGAAAUUUGGUUUCAUUGUCUGAACAAGAAAUGGUUGAUUGCGAUCAACAAAAUAAUGGAUGUCAUGGAGGGUAUCGGCCAUAUGCGAUGGAGUAAGUUUUGAAAACAUCGGGGACAUUUUCAACAGCAUUUUAGAAUUAAUAUUGAUUUCCGGAAACAUACUGAAAAAUGAUAUCAUUUUAUCAACAACGUUGAAAAAAAUAGGAAACGUUUCGAUUUUGAAACAGUUGAACUUGAACUCACUGAUAAAAGGGGGGGGGGGCUGAUAAUUUUUUCUUCAAAUACUGAACAUUACGUUGCAUACUGAAACAUUUUUUUCUGUAUCAAUAAGUAGUUAACUUGAAAAACAUGUGAUAGAGGGUUAUCAGUAUUUCCAAGUUUUUGUAUGAAAAUGCCGAAAAUUUUUAAAUUUCCUCAAUUACAAGUUUUUUACUUCGAACCAAAAAAAAGUAUACUUUAUCAUAUCAUAAAACAUCAAAUUUUCCAGCUUUGUCAAAAGAAAGGGAUUGGAAACUGAAAAAGAAUAUCCAUACAAAGGACUCGAAGGUCAACAAUGUCUUCUAGAAACUAAUCUCGUAAGUUGUAAUUUUCUCUGCUCCAAACAGUAACGACAAUAUUUUUUAGACCCGUGUAUUUAUUGAUGAUUAUGAACAACUUGGCCAAGAUGAAGAAUAUAUUGCAGAUUGGGUUUCCAAAAAUGGCCCAGUCACAUUUGGUAUGAAUGUUGUCAAAUCAAUGUACAGCUAUCGUUCUGGAAUCUACAAUCCAUCAGAAGAAGAUUGUGAAGAGAAAUCAAUGGGUUCACACGCUCUAACCAUUGUCGGUUACGGUGUCGAAGGUUCUCAACCAUUUUGGAUUGUCAAAAAUUCAUGGGGUUCAAGUUGGGGAGCGAGUGGAUAUUUCCGAUUGGCUCGUGGUGUCAAUAGUUGUGGAGCUGCCAAAACUGUUGUUGCUCCAAUUAUUCGAUAA